GUUGCUUACCCGGGUUAACCUAUUUACCUAUUACCUUUACAAUCCCUUUCCUCCCGAAUUCUGUGACCGAUGGUUGGGCUCUAUCAACAAAACUAGACUUGCGUCGAGCUAGUAGCAAAGAUUAG